AUGGAGGAAGGCUCAUCAUCGCCUCAAUAUUCGGCUUUCAGCAUCAAUGAGAAGCGCUGUAUUGUCGCUCUUGUUGCGUACGCAGCCUGGUUCUCGACAACGAGUAGCUUCAUCUAUUACCCUGCGAUUCCUCUUCUGUCAAAGGCUUUAGGGGUGUCCGUCGAGAAGAUAAAUCUCACCGUGACUACAUAUAUGGCUGUUGCCACGAUCGCGCCGUCCCUAGUGGGCGACACCGCAGACCAGAUCGGUCGCCGCCCGGUAUAUAUUGCUACGCUCAGCGUCUAUGCGUCUGUAUGCAUUGCGAUUGCUUCUACCAAGUCAUACAAUGUUUUGCUCGGCCUGAGACUCAUGCAAGCACUCGCGAUAUCUGGUACCUUUUCCAUUGCUUAUGGAGUCAUCACCGACAUAUCCUCUCCAGCCGAAAGAGGGACUUUCGUUAGCAUUGUAUCAUUUGCCAUCACAAUUGCACCAAGUUUAGGUCCCAUUCUCGGUGGUGCUCUUUCCUAUGCUGCCGGAUGGCCGUGGAUAUUCUGGUUUUUGGCUAUUGCAUCAGGCUUGUGCCUUAUUCUGAUGAUAAUUCUAUUGCCAGAAACGAGUCGAACGGUUGUCGGCAAUGGAUCGAUCGCACCGCCAACCUUCUCGAAGCUCCCUAUUCCUCGAAUAUUCCGAAGCAUUCCCCCCCACGACGUUGACUCAAGCAAAAUUCCGAGGCUGAGACUACCAAAUCCGUUCAAUUCCCUCACAAUUCUUCUACGAAAAGACAACUUUAUUAUUAUAACGGCUUGCGGACUACUCUAUGUGGUUUACACUUGCAUUAAUGCCUCGCUUUCCGUCAUUCUUGUGGGCAUGUAUGAUCUUAGCGAAUGGGAGGCAGGACUCAUAUAUAUACCGUUUGGUAUGGGGGGUGUCUUUUCAACGUUCUUUUCCGGGGCACUUCUCAACAAAGCCUAUAGUCGCUCAAGAACCAAGAUGGGACUGUCGACUGACAAGGCCAAAGGGGAUGACCUGGAUGAGUUUGAUGUCGAGAAGGCUCGGCUGGGACUUAUGUGGACACCCUUGAUAAUUAAUAUCAUAGGAGUCAUUGCCUUCGGAUGGGUAUUGCACUUUCGUCAGCACAUUGCGAUACCCCUGACAAUCCAAUUCAUCCUGGGCAUGUGCAUGCAAUUGGAAUUCAGCAUUUACAAUACUUUACUGGCUGACAAGAACCACCGCCAUCCCGCAGCCGCGCAAGCAGCCAGCAAUAUUAUACGCUGCGCAUUUGCUGCGAUCAUGGUUUCUUUUCUCGACCGAAUGAUUCAUACUUUCCGAAUUGGAUGGACAUUCUCUUUUAUGGGCGGCCUUUGCAUUCUCGUGGUGGCGUUGUUUGCAGUGGACUUCCACUUUGGUGCCAGAUGGCGGCAACAUUUGCUUAGUGAAGCUUCCAAAGCUGCACAAGAUAGCAAUAAUAGAGAAAGGACUAAGACUUAA